AUGAAGCACCAAAACCCGAGGCGGAAGAAGCAGAAACUGACACCGGAAGCUCAAUUCCGAUCAACACUCGACCGCUGCUCGAAAGCAAAAGACCUCUCCGCCGCCAUCUCUCUCUACGAGUCUUCCCCUUUUCAGACCCUCAAUCUCAACAACCUCAACUCCUUUCUCUACAUUUGCUCCGAGUCCCUAUCCAAUCCCGAAACCCUACAAUCCGCCAUUGAGUUUGGGUUCAAGUUGUUCCAAGACCAUGUCAACGAGAAUCUCAAGCCAAACGAGGCGACGCUCACCGCCGUGGCCCGGCUCGCGGCGGCGAAAGGCGACGGGGACUACGCAUUCGAUCUCGCGAAGAGCGUGAAGAGCCACGCGGUUGCGCCCAAGCUGAGGACUUUUGUGCCGGCGUUGAUUUGCUUUUGCGGAAGUGGAGCGGCGGACAAGGCGUAUGAAGUAGAGGGGCAUGUCGAAUCCGUUGGGCUCCGUUUAGAAGAAUCCGAGCUCGCAGCUUUGCUAAAAGUGAGUGUCGAGAUGGAGAGGGAAAACAAGGUCUACGAGUAUCUACAUAAAUUGAGAGUGACACUGAGAGGAGUUGACGAGCCAACAGUCUCGAUUAUAGAGAGUUGGUUCAGAGGGAAAAAGGCUGCAGAAGUGGGUUUUGUCAAGUUUCCUCCCGAUGAGGUUAAGGAAGUUGUUAUGAGGAACGGAGGUGGGUGGCAUGGACUAGGAUGGUUUGGGCAGGGAGAGUGGGUCCCAAGGAGAUCGAUUAUCGCCUCGAAUGGGAAGUGUUGUGCGUGUGGUGAGCAGUUGGUUUGUGUUGAUACUGACAGGACAGAGACCGAGAAAUUUGCUCAGUCGAUUGCUUCUUUAGCCAUGGAAAGGGGGCUCCAGUCGAAUUUUAAAGAAUUUCAGGAUUGGCUGGGACAAAAUUCUGAAUACGAGGCUGUGAUUGAUGGGGCAAAUAUUGGACUGUACCAACAGAACUUUGCUGAGGGUGGUUUUAGUGCUGCUCAGCAGCUUGAGGCCGUUGUGAAAGAAGUACAUAGCAUGAGCAAUAAAUGGCCGCUCGUAAUCUUGCAUAAGAAACGUGUCCGGUCGCUUCUUGAGGAUGCUUCUAGAAGGAAAUUGAUUGAAGAGUGGAUGGAUCAGGGGGUGCUGUAUGGAACGCCAUAUGGUUCUAACGAUGAUUGGUAUUGGCUUUAUGCUGCUGUGAAACUCAAGUGCUUGUUGGUAACCAAUGAUGAAAUGAGGGAUCAUAUAUUUGAGCUGCUGGGCACCAAUUUUUUCUUCAGAUGGAAAGAAAGACAUCAGGUAGUUAGAUAUACAUUCACCAAGGGCAAUCUGAAGCUUAUCAUGCCACCUUCAUAUUCUGUUGUCAUCCAGGAAUCUGAGAAGGGAUCAUGGCACGUGCCCAUAGCCGGUGAAGUUAGCGACGAGCCUUCAAGAAACUGGCUAUGCGUUACCCGAACAAAAUCUAAUGAAGCUGAAACAAAUCCUGACGAGAAUCAUCCAACAUGGGAAGAACACACCAAGGGUUGUAACAAUUCUUGA